CGGCUCUCCUUCCCAGACUGGCGGAUGAACUGACGAGGGCAGUCGGAGUUUGGCUGGUCGGCAUGCAGAGGAAGCAGCUGCUCGAUUGAAUUUUCCCUGUGUUUUUCUGGGCAGAGCGAAUGCUGCUGGUGGAUACUGUGAGGAAAUGAGCAACAGGAUGGAGGGUACAGCAGGGCCAGGCACGAGGGCAAAUGGACCGGUCCCAGUGCCCAGCGGCGACCAGGUACCUCCGUCACCAGGGCUACCCUUGUCCCCAGAUGAGGUGGGAGAAGAAGAGCAGCAGUCUUCACUGACUGAUGUCACUCAAAUGUGGAUUAAAUUUGCCAAAACCUUUGCCAUCAUCUUUCCCAUCUAUGUGCUGGGAUACUUUGAGUUCAGCUUUAGCUGGGUUCUGAUUGGACUCGCCAUGCUUUUUUACUGGAGGAGGAACCAUGGCAGUAAGGACUACAGGAUAAACCAUGCCUUGGCGUUCCUAGAUCACCAGGAUAAGGUUGUAAGGCAGAGUCUAGCAACAACUGAACUGCCACCAUGGGUCCAUUAUCCAGAUGUGGAGAGAGUGGAGUGGCUCAAUAAGACAGUGAAGCAGAUGUGGCCGUUCAUCUGCCAGUUUGUAGACAAACUGUUCAGGGAGACCAUCGAGCCAGCUGUGAAGGGUGCCAACCCUCAUCUCAGCUCCUUCUGCUUCACCAAGAUCGACAUGGGAGACAAGCCGCUUAGAGUGAACGGGGUGAAGGUUUACACAGAAAAUGUGGACAUGAGACAGGUCAUCAUGGACAUGCAGAUAAGUUUUGUUGGCAACACAGAAAUUGAUGUCGACAUCGCAAAGUACUACUGCAGGGCUGGAAUUAAAAGCAUUCAGCUUCAUGGCACGCUGAGGGUGGUGAUGGAGCCUCUUCUGGGGGACAUGCCUCUGAUCGGAGCCCUGUCUGUCUUUUUCCUCAAGAAACCCUUUUUGGACAUCAACUGGACAGGACUCACGAACAUGUUGGACAUUCCAGGUGUUAAUGGUUUGUGCGACGGCCUCAUCCAGGACAUCAUCUACAGCUACUUGGUGCUGCCGAACCGUCUCAACAUCCCUCUUGUGGGAGAGGCUGAACUGGCCAGAAUCCGCUUCCCUAUACCAGAGGCCAUGAUAAGAGUCCACUUCCUUGAGGCACAGGACCUGGUGAGUAAGGACAAGUUCCUGAGAGGACUAGUCAAGGGAAAGUCCGACCCAUAUGGAAUCCUCCGGCUCGGGACACAGGAAUUUAAGAGUAAAGUCAUCAAGGAGAACUUAAAUCCUAAAUGGGACGAGGUUUAUGAGUUCUUGUUGUACAAUAACACGCCAAAGACUCUGGAGAUUCAACUAUUUGAUAAAGACCCUGAUGAAGAUGACAAAUUGGGAAGUGUGAUGAUUGAUACGGCUGAGGUCCAGAAGUUAAAAUGUGGGGAGGAGUGGUUAACUUUGGAAGAUGUGGCCAGGGGGAAGCUGCACCUGAAACUGGAGUGGUUAUCUCUGCUGUCAAAACCUGAGAAGCUGAACCAGGUGCUGGCAAGCAUCAAGGCGAAUAGUGCUCAUGCCAGUGACGGGCUGUCGUCCGCGGUGCUCGUUGUCUUCCUGGAUUCAGCUAGGAACCUGCCGAGCGUCUUCGAGGGGAACUUGGGUUCAGGCUACUUAAAAGAGAGGCGGUCGGCGGGCCUCGUGUUUUGUGAGAACACAUCUUCUCUCUAUAGGACCUUAUUUCGCAAUCCAUUAGAGUUCAACCAAGCGGGGCUGAGGAAGGCCUCGGUCAGUAAGGCCAUCAAGUCCGGUAGAAAAGUGACCAGUGAACCCAGUCCAUUUGUCCAGUUCAGAGUGGGGCACAAGUCCUUUGAGAGCAAGACCAAAUUUAAAACCAUUGAACCAGUGUGGGAGGAAAACUACACCUUCCUCAUCCACAACCCUAAACUGCAAGAGCUUGAGAUUGAGGUGAAAGAUGCAAAGCAUGAGUGUUCGUUGGGGACUCUGACUCUGCCACUGACCCGUCUUUUAGAGGCAGAGGAUAUGACUCUGAGCCAGCGCUUCCCCCUCAAGAACGCUGGACCGAGCUGCACCCUCAAGAUGAAGAUGGCUCUGCGGGUGUUGUCUCUUGAGACGGAGGCAUCCUCGCCAACUAACUCCACCCCAUCAUCCAUGCAGGUCCGCAAGUCCAGUUCUUCCACCCCCAUCCCACAACCCUCUGUUUCCUCAGAAUCCAGCAAGCCUCCCUCCGGCAUCUCCGAGGUCCCCCGCACCUCCUCCACGCCUGUUCCGGACCCACGGAACCGGCGGAAGGAGUCAGAGGGUGUAGUGAAGUCCCGGGGGAGCACAGACUUGGAACAGGCCGGUGUUGGAAGAGGAGGAGGUAAAAGCUUAGCAGAAACUGGGAAGAGCAGGUCUUACCUGGCCAUCUCGGGCUCCCAGCAGUUCCUGGAUGGAGGCAAGGAGCCAACGCCCAGCAUCGCUUCGGAUAUUUCCAACCCUUAUGCUGCUCAGGAGCUGCAGCAGAGACUCCAACAGCUGCAGAAUGGGUCAGCUUCCAGUCACUUCCCUCUGGGCGAGAUCCAGCUGACCGUGCGGCACAGCACGCAGAGGAACAGGCUGAUUGUGGUUGUUCACACCUGCAGAAACCUGAUCGCCCUUACCGAUCACGGCUCAGACCCUUACGUCCGUCUCUACCUGCUUCCUGACAAACGGAGAUCAGGGAGGAGGAAAACUCGCACGCAUAAGAAAACGCUCAAUCCGGUGUACGAUGAAACGGUUGAGUUCACUGUUCCCAUCAUGGAGCUCCACAGACGCAAUCUGGAUGUUGCAGUGAAGAAUGCCGGAGGUCUGCUCUCCAAACACAAAGGUCUUCUAGGAAAGGUUCUGGUUGAUUUAAAUCAUGAGGAAAUCACCAAAGGUUGGACACAAUGGUUUGAGCUGACUGAAGACGGUCACGCAAGAUUGCAAUAUUAAGAAGUCUUCAUUGCCUUUCAGGAGUAUAAUCAUCACCAAACUUCCAAUUAUGUCCACACAUUUUUUGUAUUAUUUUCACAACAUCUAAAUGUAAAAAUGUUAGAGAAAAGCAGCUUUUGAUGCUCAUCAGUCGCAAGGCAGGGCCUCCCUUUAAGAAGUGAGUUAUUGACUAGAAGAAGAACCCUAGAAAUGUAAAAACAUAUAAAUUACUUACUGUGCCGAGAUGGAGGUUUUUUCCCAUAUUUAUAGAAGCUAGAACUGUUGCCACAUACACUAUAUAUGUUAUGUAUGUUUGUACAUAGUAUAAAACGAUGUUGGACAAAGUCAAAGAAGGUUUAUAUUCUGCACAUAUCAGAGAGGUGUGGUGUCUUAAUGGCCAAAGGAUUGUGUGUAAUUUUAUCUGAUUUUCUUCUAUUUUAUUUUUAUUUUGAUCUAAACAUUCUUUUUUUGGGGGGGUGUAGUUGCACCAAAGAGAUAAGAAGUAUUUUAUUGCUUUAUGUUUGUAAGUUCUGAUAAGACAACUAGAUGUUGGCUUUCUACCACUGUAAAAAAAAUGCAUAACAUGAGGGAAUGAACCAAAGAAGAAGAAGUGAACUCACAGAAGUUGUGUGAAAUGGGGUUGAAGGUCAUUAGUUUGCUCAACGUGUGCAAAAACACGAAAUGCAUUGAAAUAAGACCAUCACUAAGUGUUACCUUUUUUUAAUUGAAUGUGAUUAUUUACACAUAAAUAUUUUAAAAUCAUUAGUAUUGAGUGUCAACAUUACAUCCAGAGAAGUGGAUGAGAAAUCCAUAAUAUUGUUACAUUUUUAGAAAGGAUUGUUUUAAAGGGAAGUUUUUUCAUUUAGACCAUGCCUGUUGAAAAGACGAUUAAAUUAGCAUCGAGAUUGAAAAUAGGAAUAAAAAGGCCCUCAUUGUUUUUGUUUUAUAAUAGUUGUUCUGAUGAAUGAGAAGACCGGCCAAUAAACAGGCGGUUACAUGAGCCUCAUUAAGCUAAUCUACUGGUAUUACCUUAACUGUUUUAGAAUGACGCUACCAUGUGUAAAUUACCCAGGUAUCCUACAUAUGUCUCAUUUCAGAAUCCCAUACUUUCCCAAACUUAUUGUCAGUAUUUAUUUUCUGGUUUAUUGUAGUCAAAGGAAAAAUUUUUACAUUUUGGCUUAAAUUUUAUUUUACAGUUCAGUGUUUCUACAGAAAUGUUUUUUGAUUUGGAGUUCCUGGGGUAGUAUAAAAGUUCUUGAAAAGUAAGGAAUUUAUUUUCAUCACUUUUUCUAGGUUUGGACAGGUAUGGGAAAAAAUAUAGUCUGAAAAUAAUUCCCUAUUCUAAUAUCUAAAAUCCAGAAAUCAAAAUUUCUAAAAAGUAUGUUUUUAAGACCACCCUUUAUCUUUUGGUUUUGCUGAAUCACUACUUGAGUUGCUGAGAAACAAAUUGAUUGCUUUGGGUUUUGAGUUACUGACUGAGCACUAAAGGGUAAGUCAGGCUCUUUUAAAAAAAGCUCUUAACUGCUUUUAUUUUGGCCUGUAAACCUUUUUCAAUCACAUUUUGUAUCUGGAGCUCUGGUUCUUCAACUGGUUCUCAAUUGCAUGCCAAACAAAGCAUUGAAACUCAUUGUUUUGGGUUUUUACAGAGUAAUGUUAUAACAGAACAAAACUGAGUUUUAAAGAUUAGAGCUGAUCAAAGUUGGUCCAGAUGGUAAAAUAGCUGUGAAAUAUCCAUUUAGCGCCCAGCUGACUCUGAAGCCAACAUUAGCAUCAUGGUGUUGCAAGGUCUGUGGAACAUACUGAUAAUAAAAUCCAAAUUAGUCAAUUAUUGAUGAUUGAUAAUUUAAGAAAAAAUCUGGAAAAUUGGAUCUGGAAAAGUAUUGAAUUUUGAAAUGCAAAAUGUGAAGGAACCCUGUCUUUUAUUUAAAUGCUCCACUGGAAAAGGAAGACUGGAUGAUUGGCAGUUUUAAUUCAAUUUAAGUCAGAUGAGAACUGAGUUUUUCCAAAAUUAUCUUUCCGUUUCUCACAAUUCAGGUUUGUCACAAAAGUUCUACAUAAACACAGCAUUGUUUUAAGAAAUGUAUUUAUCUACACGGAAACACCUGGAGCCAUUCAAAACACCAGUAACUACUGCAUGUCUAGCCUGUAGGUGGUGCUGUAACGCUGCCGCUGAAAUGCACCAAAACCUGGGAACAAUGGGUGGGGUACGCACAUAAAAAUGCACUUGGGAUGAAGGGUUAAUUUAGAACUGGGGUUUAUGGCCUUACUGGUUUCAGAAAUCUGCACAGUAGUUAUUUACACAAAAACACACGAGUGGAAAAACUAGGCACCUCCUGGCAGCUUUCUGCAUUAAAUAUUACAGCAGACUGAUGACCUUGAUGUGCUCAUUCCUCCUAUUGCCAGCGCUGUUCUACAUUCCAAACUGCCUAGGCAAAGGAAAAGUUUAGAGACUUCUUUCAGACUUCUGACUUGCAGUGCACAGCAGCAUGUUGGGGAGCCACGAUGCUACUCUGACCUCAGUAUAUAUUGAUACCAGUAACUGUCCCAUUCCUACUUUCUGUACACAAGCAGUUAAUUUGGACGGAUUUGAUGGAGUCUUUGCUAAAUUUCUAAAAGAUUUACUUGAUGUUGUCAUUCCCAACUAAAUCUACACAUAGUGGCUUUUGAAACUAAAAAAACUAUCUAAAAUGUGGAACUAUUUUCCCUACCGAACAGAAAUAUAAGAACUUAGUACAACACUCGUCGCUGUCAGUGCCACUUAUUUUGUAAAAAGCUGUGUUGCCAUUUCUUUUGUUUGUUCACAUUCUGUUUAUAGAAACAAUCAGUCUUAACUUCUUAUUUUCCAUGUUGUAUUUAAAAGGAAAACCAGAAGUUUAAUUUAGUUUUAACGUAUAAACAUACGUUAUGUUGAGCAGUGCUUUUGCUUUACAGCUCUGCUUCAUAGGAGAUUAAUAUCAGCAGCAACAUAUGAGGUAUAUUGUAGGUCUUGGUUAUGAAACUCUUUAGAUAAAUUUGAAGCUGUGGUGUUCGACACUACGGAAGCAGCGGUUUUAUGUUGACCUUUCACCUUCUAAACACAUUAAAUCUCAUUGAUUUCUGACAUGUUGCAUUUACAACAAGCAUCAAGAAAGUAUUUUAAAUGUGUAUGUAUGAAAAGUGCAUUUGUCAUUUUUUCCUUGUUUAUGUGUUUUCCAGCUGUUUGUCUGCUCUAUUUUGUGUUGAAAGAAGAGUCGCCUUUUCCUGGACACUAUCAGCUUAGAAAAGCCUCUCAGGCUGAGUUUAUCUUCUGAAAGAUGGUUCUUCUUCUCCUUCUUUUGAAUUUAUCUUGUGCCUUAUGAAACAUGUGACCUAGAGAUAUACUGUAUGCCUACGUGUUGGGAAACAUGCAGCCGGAUGCUACAUGUGUCCGAAUGUCACUUUAAUGGCUUUUAAACUGAAUAAAGAGCUUUAAGCCGCCAAAAGCAGCACAAA